AUGUUCGUGAACUUGCGCAGCGUUUGCUCGUCCCGUCCCCCUCCCGUCGCCUUCACUCCCUCCUCCGGUCGCCUUCACUUCCCCCUCCCGUCGCCUUCACAUCCCCCUCCCGUCGCCUUCACAUCCCUCUCCCGUCGCCUUCACUCCCUCCUCCCGUCGCCUUCACAUCCCUCUCGCGUCGCCUUCACUCCCUCCUCCCGUCGCCUUCACUCCCUCCUCCCGUCGCCUUCACUUCCCCCUCCCGUCGCCUUCACAUCCCCCUCCCGUCGCCUUCACAUCCCUCUCCCGUCGCCUUCACUCCCUCCUCCCGUCGCCUUCACAUCCCUCUCGCGUCGCCUUCACUCCCUCCUCCCGUCGCCUUCACUCCCUCCUCCCGUCGCCUUCACUUCCCCCUCCCGUCGCCUUCACUUCCCUCUCCCAUCGCCCUCGCUCCCCCCUCCCAUCUCCCUGCUCAUUCUCCCGUCGCCCUCGCUUCCCCGGCUCACCCUGUUUCCUCUGCUCCUUCGCUACCCCCCGGCUCUCUCUGUCUGUCUCCCCUGCUCAUUCUCUUCCCAGUCUCCCCCCCUCUUCCACAAGUUGGAAGAUUCACUUGCGCUAACGCUUCCUGCCCCGACGCUACCCCUCCCUGCACCCGACGCCAACCCGCCAUUUCCCCACGCUAAUCCUCCCUUUCCCUCCCUACCACCCGCCCAAUCCCCCACUCCCCCCCGUACUUUCCCCCACUCGCACCCGUCCAUUCCCCCACUGGCCCGGUCAUUUCCCCCACUCCCCCCCGUCAUUUCCCCCACUCUCCCUCGCCCUUUUCCCCCACAUAAGCAUUCCUUUCCCUCACGCUAA